UCACUCGGAGUAUUUUCCAGGACACUCUGCUACCGGAAGUCGAAAGGUAGUAACGUUCAUGUGGGUUCAUGUUGACAACAAAAAGUGUCUUGGGAAAUUGUUAAUAACAAGAAGGUACAGGGAACAUAUACGAGCUUCAGAAUAAAAAAUGUCCGACAACGAAGACAACUUCGACGAUGGAGAUUUCGAUGAUGCCGAGGAAGAUGAGGGAUUAGAUGACCUCGAAAACGUGGAAGAUGAUGAUCAGGAGAAUGUGCAGAUCCUGCCAGCAGGAGAGGGUCAGCAGGCGAACCAGAAGAGGAUCACAACACCGUACAUGACCAAAUAUGAGAGAGCCAGAGUGCUGGGAACACGAGCUCUCCAGAUAGCGAUGUGUGCUCCAGUCAUGGUGGAGCUGGAGGGAGAAACAGACCCCUUGCAAAUAGCUAUGAAAGAGCUUAAGAGCAGAAAGAUUCCUAUCAUCAUCCGCAGGUACCUUCCUGAUGGGAGUUAUGAGGACUGGGGUUGUGAUGAGCUCAUCAUAACUGAUUAAACAAAUUAUCCAGUCUUCACUGACAAAAUAGUAUAUUCUGUUUCAAACACACCAUCAUAGCAGGUCAGUCAGCUGCACAAACGCUAAGGAAUCCUCAGACUGAUGCAGUCACCACCCACUCUGUGAGCUGGUAAAAUAUGAAUACAUGAAAUGUACCAAACAGACACACAGGACAGUGUGUUGCUUGCCGGUUGAUAAAUCUAUGGUCUGACUGACGGUGCAACUCAAAUGAAAUUCUGUUAGUAUCUUCGGUACUUUCUGUUUUAACAGCUGCAUUCUAACUAACAGCCACAAGGGGGAAAUGUAACUUAAGUCAAACAUUUACUUUGUUUUACAAAAAUAAUCCUGUGUUGUAAUUAUUCCAUUUGUUGUUUUUAAGGAGAGAGGAGAUUAGUGUAAAAUAACUUUUUUAUAGUUUAGAAUAAACUCUUUUGUAUAAAUAA